UUUUUCUUUCUUUUUCUUCUUUUUCACCCUCUUCCUCAUCUUCACUCUCUUUUUAACCUAUUUUUGUGUAGUUUGCCAAACAAGUGAAUUACAUUGACCAAAACCUUCCUACCAUUAACCCCAUAAGAUGGGACCCAUCCCAUGGAUUAGUCCUUAUCAUAGUAGGUCCAAUAACGAUCACCGUAGAUUUGUUUCCAUGUAGUAAUAUCAUAUGAGACGGUAUCAUAAGGGCCCCAUCAUCUAUUAUGUCACUAGUUACUACCUCCCUCUCUCUAUUCCUAUAUUAAAAAUAACCCUCUUACUCUUCAUUCUCAUUCUCUCUUCUCUUGUGCUAUAUAUAUUCACACAAACCUUCACUCUCGCAUUCUAAGUUAAACACUCAUAACAAAUAACAAAACAUCUUCCUAGUCCCUUGUCUUUGUGACCGAGUUUCUUUUCUAUUUCUUCAUUCAUGUCUCAAGAUGUUUCUAGAAACAUUGAUCUCACUCUCGGAGAACCCAAAGAGGAACUGGAAACCGAAGAUGGGUCGGCGGUAAAGGUGAUGCAGGUGCCGGCGGGGAUACCUAUGUCUAUGUCUAUGCAAGUGAACAAGACGUUAUUCCAAGCCCAAACUCAAGCACAAUACCAGGCCCAAGCUCAACCGCCGGUUCAAAAAAGAGCAUCCACUAAGGACCGUCACACCAAAGUAGAAGGUCGUGGCCGGAGGAUUCGAAUGCCUGCCACGUGUGCGGCUCGGAUCUUCCAACUGACUCGAGAACUCGGACAUAAAUCAGACGGCGAAACAAUCCGGUGGCUCCUCGAGCAUGCUGAACCUGCCAUUAUUUCCGCCACCGGAACCGGCACCGUCCCCGCCAUCGCGAUGUCUGUCAACGGAACUCUCAAAAUCCCAACAACUUCCCCCAGCAAAAACUCCGACCCGGAACAACAACAACAAUCUGAAGACUCUCCCGAAAAAAAGAAACGUAAACGACCAGCGAACAGUGCUUACGUGGACAUAAACGACAGCGCCGUUUCAGUUUCAGCAGGUUUAGUAACAACCUCCAACGUAAACACAAACAUGAACCCAAACCUUAAUAACACCGCGAUAAUUCCGCAACAAACGGCAAUUCCGUUACAGCAAAACAUGGUCCCCGUGUGGGCCAUACCAUCAAACGCCGUGGUUCCAGGCGGAAACGCGUUUUUCGUGGUCCCAGCAAAUCAGCCUCAGUUUUUCACAUUAGCUAGACCAAUCUCCGGUUUCGUUUCUUCCAUGGUAUCACCCGUUGUUCAACUCCAACAAGCCUCUGCGUUAUCCAACCCAUGUUCAACCUCUCCGUCGUCAAAGUCCCCGGCAAGAGCCACCGUCAUGGCGCCGAGUACCGCCGCAACAACCACCACCCCGCAGAUGCUGAGGGAUUUUUCAUUGGAGAUUUACGAUAGACAAGAGCUUCAGUUAUUGUCGCGUUCUUCCUCCAAGCAUUGACAAGACGAAAGAGAGAAAGAGAACUACCAAGUUGAAUUUGGUUAACGACGUCGUUUGAGAAGGGAGAAGAACACGUGCCCACGUGAGUGGGAUAAAAAAGAGUGGGGACCACGUGCGUUAACACGAAGAGUGGGGAAGGGUGGGACCCACUAUGGUGGUGCUGACUCCGUGAACCGUGCACUGGGGUACUACUAGUACUGUUAUUAUUCCACUCUACAUUUAUUUUUUUAUAUGUAUGUAUAACAAAAAAAAAUUAAUUAAAAUUUAGAAUUUGAAUAACUGUUAUUAAUAGUAUUGAGUUAAUAAUAUAUUAGUAUUUGUGCUA